AUGCGCCCUCUCACCGAAGAAGAGACGCAGGCCGUCUUCAAAAAGCUCGCAGAGUACACCGGCGCAUCGCUCAAGAACAUCAUCGCGCCUCAAGAGGAUGGCGAUCGAAACGUUUUCCGUCUGUCGCAGAACCGAGUCUACCUUGUCCGCCUCUCCAUGGCCAAUCUGGCGACUUCAAUUGCUCGUGACAACCUCCUCUCUCUAGGAACUUGCUUGGGCAAAUUCACAAAGUCUGGCAAAUUCCGAAUUCACAUCACGGCCCUCCCUAUUCUCGCCGAGCACGCACGACACAAGCUCUGGAUCCGCCCCAACGGAGUCAUGCCCUUCCUCUACGGUGGAAACGUUGUAAAGGCUCAUGUUGGCCGUUACUCAGAGGACUGCCCGGAGCACCAGGGCUUGGUUGUCUACACCAUGGACGAUGUUCCUCUGGGAUUCGGAGUUAGCGCUCGCAGCACUGCGGAGAGCAGAAGACUCGAUCCUACUGGAGUUGUUUGCUUCCGACAAGCUGACUGCGGCGAGUACCUGCGUGACGAAGAUACCCUGUUCCAGUCUGGUUAA